AUGAAGUUCUCAGAUACCACACCGAGCUGCCGCGACCGGGCUCCGCGCAACAAAAGGAGAAAAGGCGCAAGGAGGGGAGGCGAGAGGGGGGAGACACCGAGGCAACCUCGAAGGGGGGGGGAGAAAGAGGGGUUCGCCUGGGAAGGGCGGCUUCCCAAAGGAGCAGAGACGUGCGGGGAGGAGCAGGAGAAAAGUUCGAGCCGGGCGCGCACGCUGCACUCACCCCAUGGAGGCUCCCCUCUGCCCGGCUGGCUGGCUGGCUGGCUGGCUGGCGGGCGCGCGCACCGGCUGGGAGAGCAGAACCGGCCCAAGAAACAAAAGUUGCCUUUUUGCCCCCACCUCGAGAAACAACGGAGAGCGGCUCCGCGACGUUGCAAGCGCCACGACGGGGCGGGCGGAGGAGGAGGGAUUACAUCACCACGCGCCCACGUGAACGCUGCAAAUGAAGGCGCCGCCGCCGCCGCUUAUGUUGUUGCUGCUGCCGCUGCCCAGCCUCGAGGGAUCGACUCGCGGCGCCGGCUCUGGGGCAAGAACCCAACAUUCUGGAGGAUGGGUUCCAUAAAAACGGGAUUAGACGAGGAAUUCUCAGCAUUGCAACUGAUCGCACUGGACAAUCCCUUAAAAAAAAAUGACGCCUAGUGCCUAAAAUGCCUUGUCUGAAGGCAGCCCUCCAUGCCAUCAAGGCUAUAAAUCUAACAGCUAAGGAACCCAUUUGAAUGCCAGGUACUGUAUACACAUUUAAUUAAGCUCGAUUACACUAACAAUUCACUUCACUGAUCAGGCUGUAUCCUGGAGCAUAUACCAGAGGAAACCCUUGCACUAAACUUUUCAUUGUGAUCCAAAUUGAAUAUUUCUGCAAAAGUCUGUGUGAUUCUUUUUUUGGGGGGGGGGUGUUCAGUAUUUUGUGGUGCUUGAGAAUCAGAUGACAUGCAUUCGACAACUGCUUUUAUCAUGUAAAAUCUUUCUCUUCCCCAUUCCUUUGUCUUUCAUAUCUUUUUUUGUCUCUUUCCACCACCAGCUUUUGAGUCUGUACUUCAUUGCCCACAUUCCCCCCGUAGCUAUUUCCAGAGCCACCCCACACUGCUUAUCUCUUUAGUUAGGCAGAAGGCAUUAAUCAAUUAAUCGGUGUGAUUAAUUAGGUAACAACAGAUUAAAAUGGCUUCCCUUUGUCUCCCUUUGGCAAUUCCUUUGGUGCCAACCAAUGUUUUUUCUUUUGCUCUCUUUUUCCCCUACAUGCAGAGCAGUGCUUUUUGGGUGCUUCCAGAUAACCUGCUUAUUGAGCGUUCAGCCUGAUUUGUUGGUGGGGAGGUUAGAUGAUGUUGUGUCAAAACAAGCACACUUUCCAAUGCAUUUCCCCACUCACUUUCCUUACCGGAAAAAGCCUGAUCUUUGGGGAAGGUGGGUUUGCUGUGCAAGAUCUCCCAAUCAACUUUAAUUGAACAGCCUGC